AUGGACGCCUCCACGGGGUGCGGCCGAGCGGCGGGGCCGCGCCGCACGGGACCAAUGAUCGGCGUCCCGGCUCUGUCGUCGGGACCCGUCCCUGGGUCGCGCGCCCGCCGGUGGCUUGUACCCCCCAUCGGGCCCUUUGGCAUCGCCCACCGGGCGCCCACCCGCACGCUCCAAGCAAUCACGCCGUGCUGCGCGCCCAGGAGGCGGAGGAGCGUCCUGAUCGCCAGGGCCGCGCAGGGAGGGCAGGUGGGAGGGGGGCCGCAGGUGGUCCCUGAAGUAUUCAGGACACCUCGAGAGAAGACCGCAGUGCAAGAGAUGGUGUCUGGAAUGUCCACCACCAUGGCGUACGUGGGAGCAGGUGUCGUCCUGGCGGCAUCUGCCGCUUUGGGCUUUGUCGUUGGAGGGAGGGCACCAGAAAACAUGAAGACUGCUGGCAAAGCCCUGGGCGUUGCUGCUGGCAUUGGUGGUGCAGCUUUAGCAGUCACAAAGCUAAAGGAGAGCCGGGAAGAGUCUGCCUCCAUCGACCUGCACAAUGAACUGGUGAAGAAAGGUGACGUGAGUCUUCUAACCAGGGCAGAAGUGGAGGACAUUGAGCAGAAGUAUGGCAUUGACCUGGCCACGACAAUGGUGUCAGAAAUGAAGAUGCUCUAUGACCAGUUCCUGGAAUCCAUGAUCCCACCAGGAGAUGAGCCCAUGACGGGAAUGGAGCCUGGUAAGUUGAUUUCCUUCAAGGAUGCCCUGGGCCUGGGAGACGAGGAUGCAGCUGCAGUCCAUAUGGACGUUGGACGACGCCUGGCAAGGUCUAGGUUCGAAGUUGGGACCAAAAGGGCUCAGGCAGAACAGCGAAAGGAGAUGCGUGGUGCUCUCGAAUUCAACACAGCGAUGGAAAAUCUGGCCAAGGAAGCAUCCGAUGUCUUGCCGCCUGGGCUGGGUCGAAUGACAAUCCAUGGGGGUGCAUUUGAAAAGGCAGCAUCUACUGCUGACUUGCGCGACUUGUAUCGUGUCUUCCUGGAGGAGAGCCUUGAAGCCACAGGCCAGUUGACAGUGCAGCUGGAGCAAGACAUGGAUGCCCUCAAAGUUAUUCUUGGUUUGGGAACUAAAGAAGCAACUUCCGUUCGUGAGGAAGUGACGAGCACCAUUUACCGCCGCCUACUACGAGACGAGGUGCAGAGUGGGAGGUUGGAUGCUGCAGAGUCCAAGGCAGCUGUCCUGGAACAGCUGUGCACACGGCUGAUGUUCAAACCUGAGAGUGCAGCUCUGAUGCACAAGAGCAUCUACAAGCAGAAGGUUGAGUCAAUCUUGGAGCAGGACAACAAGAUCUCUGAUGAAGCCGCAGAAGAGUUGCUGAGACUCAGUUUUGGAUCCGACAACAUCGAAGCUGUGAAACAGAUCAUCGUAGACCUCAGGCUCAGCAAGGAGAUGGCCAAGGAUGCUCUGGAUGAGGCAGCACGGAAGAUCUUUAUGGAUUACAUUACAACGUCUCGGUUGAAGCAAAACCGACUCGAUGCUGCAAAAGAGCUGAAGAAGAUGGUGUUCUUCAGCAACAUCGUUGUUGCGCCACUGUUGCAGGAAAUCAAGGGAAAGAGCAAGACUGAGGAUAUGAGAGAUGCCUUAAAGGAGAUUGCAGAAGUUGUGUCAAAAGCUGCUGAGGCAGAUGGGAAGGAGGAAGCUGACGGGGGUGAAAAGGAUGAGACAAAUGAGGACACAAAGGCCACAACAUCAGAGGACAGCACAGAAUCUGUGGAGAAAGGAGAUACCAUGCCAAGCACCCUGAACAAAGCACAGAAGGCAGCUGAAAAUUUCUCCACUGAGGGGGACUCCCUGCCUUCGGGGACAAAGAUCUCUUCACAAAAGGAAAUAACACUUGCGAAUGACCUGGAUGUCAGGGACAGGGUGGACAUCUACAGAAACUAUCUGCUAUACUGCAUGUCUGGAGACGUUAUUUCCAUGCCCAUGGGCGGCACUGUUGUGCUGGAGAGGGAUAUGGACGAGUUUGGAAGGCUGAGUCAACUUGGCGAUGUUUUGGGGUUGCCCCCAAUGGAGAUAAUGAAGGUCCACCAGGACUUAGCUGAGCAGGCAUUCAGGGAACAGGUUAAGGGCGCGCUUGCAGAUGGUGAUUUGACGAAGGAGAAGACUGAGUCUCUAACAGAAAUGAGGGAGAAGAUGGGUUUGUCAGAAGCAGCUGCCCAGAAGAUCAUAAAGGGCGUUCAGAAUGAGCGCCUUGCUGAGGGCUUGCACUCAGCCAAGGCCUUGGGGGAGCUGUCCUUGCAGAAGCUCCUGGACAUGAAGGAGUCUGGCGUUGAAAUUGAAAACUUCACUUCAACAGAGUAUCGCCUCCGCCUUUUUGAGCAGGAGAUCGAGAAGCUAAUGUCAGAUGGCCGUGGAGAGCUGGACAACGAAUAUGCAUUUGAAACACUACCAAGCAACCUGGCGCUGGAAGCUGACAAGGCACGUAGUGUCGUGUCGAAGGUGGCGUCAGGAAGAAAGGGCCGGCAGGUGGUGCAGGCUGUAACCGACCUCCGCAUGAAGAAGUUCGAUGCCGUUGUCCAGGACAUCAACAACUACCUUGUCUGCAACCGCAUUGUCGGCACAAAUGGCAGUGACAAUGGAUCUACAGUUUGGGACCGCCGAGACGAGGUUCUGGACCUCUACUCGGUUUACUACUGGAAGGUGAAGGACGAGGCGAAGCUGGCAGAGAUUGAACGUAUCUUUGGAAUCUCCCAGUCCGAAGCAAAGACUCUGCGGGAUGUCGUUGACUCUGGUGGUCUGAAAUGGGCAGAGGAGGUGAAGGAUGAGGAGUUCUUUUUCUGA